GGCUGGUUAGCUAGGGGACGUCCCCCUGGCGCCGCAGUCAUGGUAGUGUUCCUGGGCCGCCACCUCCCGGCGCUUCUCGGGCUCUUUAAGAAGAAGGGCUCUGCCAAAGCUGAGAAUGACAAACGUCUGAGCACAGGGCCUGGCCAGGGGCCAGGGGCAGGCGUGGAUGAGCAGUCGGACAAUGUCUUCUUCCCGCGUGGGCGGCCGCCUCACUUGGAGGAGCUGCACACACAGGCCCAGGAGGGGCUGCGCUCACUACAGCACCAAGAAAAACAGAAACUGAGCAAGGGGGGUUGGGACCAUGGAGACACCCAGAGCAUCCAGUCCUCGCGGACGGGGCCGGAUGAAGACAGCAUCUCCUUCUGCAGCCAGGCCACGUCCUACACGGGAGAGACCUCCACCGCCGAGGACGCGCUCUCCAUCCGCUCCGAGAUGAUCCAGCGCAGAGGCUCUACCUUCAGACCCCAUGACUCUUUCCCCAAAAAGUCGGGGCGACGGCGGCGCACGCGGCGGAGCACGGUGCUGGGGCUGCCGCAGCACGUGCAGAAGGAACUGGGCCUGCGGAAUGAGCGAGAGGCCCCAGGUACCCCCCGGCCUCCUGGCCCCCGGGAUGCUGUGCGUAUCCCCACAGUGGACGGCCACUCGGCAGGCUUGGCCUCCGGGCCAGGGGUCCGGGUGUCCCUGCAGGCACUGGAGGUGGAGGCUGAAGCGGGGGCUGAGGCCCAGGCGGAGGCCAUGCUGCAGCGCCACAUUGACUCUGUCUAUCGGGAUGACACCCUCGUUGGCCGGUCCACAGGGGCCCGGCCCCCUCCACUGACCCGGCCCAUGUCCCUGGCGGUGCCUGGGCUGACCGGAGGGGUGGGGCCUCCAGAGCCCUUAAGCCCAGCCAUGUCCAUCUCGCCCCAGGCCACUUACCUCUCCAAACUGAUCCCACACGCGGUGCUGCCCCCCACGGUGGACGUGGUGGCCCUGGGCCGCUGCAGUCUGCGCACACUGAGCCGCUGUAGCCUGCUCUCUGCCAGCCCAGCCUCCGUGCGCUCUGUGAGCCGCUUCUCGUCGGCCUCGAGCCCCCGGCCCCACAGCCGCCAUCCUUCCUCCUCCAGCGACACCUGGAGCCACUCGCAGUCCUCAGACACCAUCGUGUCUGACGGCUCUACGCUCUCUUCCAAGGGUGGCUCUGAGGGCCGGCCUGAGAGCUCCGUGGCCAGCACCGGAGUGGCACCCCUUCCCCAGGGGGGCAGCGGGAGGGGCUCUCCCAGUGGGGGCAGCACUGCGGAGGCCUCAGACACAACCAGCAUUCGGAGUGGCGGGCAGCUGUCCAGCCGGAGCGUAUCCCUGCGGAAGCUGAAGCGGCCCCCGCCACCCCCCUGCCGGACCUACUCGCUCCACCAGCGGGGCUCAGCGCCCCCUGAAGGGCCUUUGGGGCUACCACCCAGGCCCGAUCGGAAGCAGCAGUCACAGCAGCCUCGGCCACCCACCACGGGGGGACCCGAAGGAGUGGGGGCAACACCCUGUUCGUCCAGCUCAACAGGUAGCUGGGUGCCUGGCUUGUCUCCAAGUGGCUCCCGGCGACCCCCGCGCUCCCCGGAACGGACACUCUCCCCCUCCAGCGGAUAUUCCAGCCAAAGCGGCACCCCUACCCUCCCUCCCAAGGGCCUGACAGGUGCCCCUGCAUCCCCAGGCAAGGCCCAGCCCCCUAAGCCCGAGCGGGUCACCUCGCUGCGAUCUCCCGGGGUUUCCGUCUCCUCUUCCCUCACUUCCCUGUGCUCCUCUUCCUCCGACCCGGCCCCCUCAGAGCGCUGUGGUUUGCAGAUGUCAACCACUCUGGGUGACAGGUUCGCCAUACCUCCACACCCCAAGGUGCCCGCCCCCUUCUCGCCACCCCCCUUGAAGCCCAAGAACCCUAACCAGGCUGUCCCUGCUCCGGCUGCCCCUGCUCUGGCUUCUGGGCCCGUCUCUACACCUGAUGCCACCCCUGAGGCCCCUCCUGCCUCUCAGACAUCCCUGACCCCACCCCAGGAGUCUCCUGUCGUCUCCAAAGACCAGUCACCCCCACCAUCCCCACCUCCACCUUACCAUCCGCCUCCACCACCCACCAAGAAGCCUGAGGUAGUUGAGGAUCCGCCUGCCGCAGCAACUGCUGAGGAGCCCCUCCAGGACCCCAGCUGGCCCCCACCCCCACCGCCUGCGUCCGACGAGCAGGACCUGUCCAUGGCCGACUUCCCCCCACCCGAGGAGGCCUUUUUCUCUCUGGCUGGCCCCUCGGACCCCCCAGAGCCUGCCUGCUCCCUAGUCACCUUGCCCCCUGCAGCCACUAUCUCUUCCCAGAACCAGCCUCACGGUGCCCCAGAGCCCCCGGCCCCCCCUCCUCUGACUUCCACCUCAGUUCUGGCCAAGCCCCCCCAGAAGGAACUGGCGGGUGGCAGCAAGAGCAGUGGGGCUGCCAGGGAGGACUCAGGCACACCCCUGGUCACUCCCUCGCUCCUGCAGAUGGUGCGGCUGCGCUCUGUGGGCGCGCCCACAUCUGGUCCAGCCCCAGUACCGGGGCCAGCAGCGCCCCAGAAACCACUACGGCGGGCCCUGUCAGGGCGGGCCAGCCCAGUACCUGGCCCCUCCUCGGGGCUGCAUGCAGCCGUCCGACUCAAGGCCUCCAGUCUGGCUGCCAGCGAGGCACUUGCAGGUGCCCAGGCCAACGGGCCAGCUGAGGUUGUGCCGCGGUCACCCCAGUCUCCUGCCCCUGUGGCCAGCUUCAUAUUCUCCAAGGGCACCAAGAAGCUGCUGCGGGAGCGGCCGGGCUCACCCGAGGCCCCUGUGGACCUCCAGCGGAAUCUGGUUGCCGAACUUCGGAGCAUUUCUGAGCAGCGGCCUUCCCAGGCCCCAAAGAAGCCCCUAAAGGCCCCCCCACCUGUGGCCCGCAAGCCCUCUGUGGGAGUGCUCCCGCCCUCCUCCCCUAAUUUUCCUCGGGCUGAGCUCCUUCCUGCGCCUCCCACCAACGGGCUCCUUCACGCUGAGACCAGGACUAAGGGGGAGCCGGCUGAGAAUGGAGGCACUGAGCUGCUGGUGAGCCCAGAGCAUCGGCAGCAGGGCCUGCCUGGCCCAGACCCACCCAAAGAGCUGGUCUGACUGCCUCACUGGCCCUGCUGGCUGGCACACCCCAGGAAAAGAAUCUCAGGGACCUGAGCAGCUCCAAGGACGAGCGGAGCGGGUGGAACCUAACCGCGAGGAAGCCUGCAGCCUUAACCUCACGGCCUUCAAUAUUUAUGCAAGCCUGGUGUGGGUCCCUGGCCCCCAAGUCAUCCAUCGGCCCUCAUGCCUUUUCCCAGAUGGACUCACCUCUGGCGGUAGCCACUGCAGCCCGGGCCUUACUCAUCUAGAGAGGGGGUAGCUGCGCCCCCUGCUGGUCUCGAGGCCACACAAUUGGGACCAGAGCACCUUGCUUGUUUUUUGGUGGUCUUUUUACCUUAUCUGACUGAGCUCAGAAUCAUGCACAUUAUAGUCCAGAAUCCACGCCCUUUGGGACAGUGGCUGCAUGUCCGUCUCCGCCUGGCCCCGAGUCUGUUCAUGUGGCAGCAGCCUCCCUCCCUGCAGCCUGGAGCUGGGACCCACCUGUCCCUGUGCCCUCACCCAGUGUGUGCAUCCCUUAGUUCUUGGAGAUGGGCAGUAUUCCCACAGGCUUCUCCAGGCUGGGGGCAGGGGCAGGUCGGUGGUGGUCCAAAGCACAAUGGGUACAGGGGAGCUUAACCUUCCCUUACCUCAACUUGCCACCACCCACCCUCCUGCCUUCCAGUUCUGCCCCGGUGCGCCAUGGAGGACUGCCAGGGCCCGAGGGCGUGGAGGGUGGCCGGUGCUCAAGGCAUCUGCUCGGCCUUUCACUCCAUCAGGAUGAGGGUGGGGCGGGUGAGCACAGCACACACUGGCAGGGCCUCCUCUUCCAGCUCAGCAGGGAGUCUGAGGCAGUGGCUAGAGAGCUAAUUUGGGGAGCAGGCCAGGCCUGGCCCUGCGGCCUUCACGCUCCCAUCUCUCUUCACUCUUGGUGCGUGUCCUUCCUGCAGUUGCCUCUGCACAGCCACUUCCACUGGGGAUGCGCGCUGGCGUAAGGGGCAGGGAGGGGAGUCAGAGGUGGGUUUUAUUCCAGACACUUCCCUGCCCACUGGAGAGGGCAUGCGUGCUCUCGGAGAGUAUGCUGGGCGGCUGCCCCUGGGUGUUAGCCUCUGCUGCCGAUUCCUCCUCCAGCAGCUGUGCCUAUUUUCCUGUUUCCUGCAUGGGUCACCCCUAGGUAAGCCAGUGGGCUCUCUGAGGCUCGAGCAGUGGCCCUGAUGCCUUGCUCACAGCAGCUGGGUGCCACCCAGGGCCACUCUCCUCAGCAGUGACUCCCCUCUGGAGAGAUGGAGUCCCACCCCUGAUGGGAGCUACAAGCAGGGCAUCCUGGGAGAGCUAUUUCCAGCCUCCUCAGCAUCACUACUGUCUUCUCUCCAUAGCUAGGAACCAAUGUUCUGGCCCUGUCUUGCCUUCUGGGCCAUGGAGAACUGUGCAGGGACACACUGCACAUGCCCAGUAAGCUGAGGCAAGCAGACCAUCAGUAAGCACUUCUGUGCGCAGAGCUCCAAUCGGCCCCCAGGAGCCAGGCCCUGGCCACAGCCUUGGAGCUGCUGGAGGUGGGGGCCUUUGAACUGGUUCAACCCCUUGGUGAAAAGUUGCCUUUCUACCUGGGAUCUACUGACUCAGAAUCUACAUUGUAGCAGGACUCUAUCUAAGCAGCGCUGAGUAUCUUGUUGAAACAGUCGAGAUUCACCUUCAGUGUAUGGGGUGAUGGUGGUGGGGGACGGGCAGCCAGCCUGGUCUGCACCUAUUGGGGGGAGUCGUGAUCCCUCCCUCUCCCUACCCAAUGUUACUUGAGCUCCUUUGUCCUCAGUCAGGAUGUUCCAAGCUUCUUUCCUCUCUGAGGCACAGAGAACAGGAGGGAGGACCUGGAGAGAAUUCUGCCCCCUGGGGUAAAUGAGCCUGUCCUUGCGCAAAGGAGAGACCAAAAGCCUCUGAUUUUCAAUUUCUAUAAAAAUGUUAGAGAGAAAUAUAUAUAUAUAUUUCUUUAAAUUUUGGAGUCUUUGAUAUGUCUAUCCAAACAAUCUAUCCCGUUUGCCCCAGAGCCCGAGUGAGACACGUGACAACACACCGUUAUGUGUUUCAUUGAAAGGUGGUAAUUAAUUAAAGAAUUCAGACUUGG